UCCUUAAUUCUCUUUCAAUUUCAGUUCAAAUGUAUGUGGUCAAAUAAAAGCUGGCUAAAUUGACUGCGCUCACUUAAUGCUAACAACUUGCAGAAGUAAGUUCAUGUAAGUCCCUCUUGCUUUUGAUGACUAAGUUACUAAUCUAUAAAACAAUGGACCAAUGGAAUCCAGUGGACAGUGAUGAGGAAAUGCCUUCUCUUACUGAAGAGAGGACAUGGAAAAUCUUCAACAAGGAAAUGGAGGGGGUGUUCCAUGGCCAGUUGAACGAGCGAGUUCGACCCUAUCUAGACCUCAUCGACUCCCUCCGUCUCAUGGGCAUCGAUGAGGAUCUGGCCUUGCCUGCCAUAGCUGUGAUUGGAGACCAGAGCUCGGGAAAGAGCUCUGUGUUGGAGGCGCUGUCUGGAAUAACUCUUCCUAGAGGCAGCGGCAUCGUAACUCGAUGCCCACUGAUGCUGAAGUUGAGAAAGCUGUUGGGAGGUGUACAGUGGAAGGCCAUCAUCUCCUACAAAGACACGUCUACUGAGUUCUCUGACCCCUCAUUGGUUGAGCAGUAUGUUGUUGCUGCCCAGAAUGAGCUGGCUGGAGACGGUGUUGGGAUCUGUGACGAGCUGAUCAGUCUAGAGAUCAUGUCUCCUGAAGUGUGUGACCUCACUCUGAUUGAUUUACCCGGCAUUGCCCGGGUUCCUGUGAAAGGACAACCUGAGGACAUUGGAGAUCAGAUUAAAAGGCUCAUUCUCAGCUUUAUUGAGAAGAGUGAGACAAUCAACUUGGUGGUGGUCCCAUGUAAUGUUGAUAUAGCAACAACUGAAGCUCUCAAGAUGGCCCAGGAAGUUGAUCCUGAUGGGAAAAGAACUUUGGCUAUUCUGACUAAGCCAGACCUCAUAGAUCGUGGCACAGAAAAGAAUGUUCUGGAUAUCGUUCAUAAUCGAGUCAUCCCACUGAGCAAAGGCUACAUAGUUGUGAAAUGCCGUGGUCAGCAGCAAAUUCAGGACAAGACACCUCUAGCAGAGGCCACCAGGAUGGAGAGAGAUUUCUUCAGACAACACAAGUACUUCAGCUGUCUUCUUAAUGAAGACAAAGCCACAACCCAAUGCCUUGCUACCAAACUGACCCAAGAUUUGGUUGACCACAUCAAAAAAGCUCUGCCAACAUUGUCAGAGCAGGUGAAGAUGGAACUCUGGGAGUCAAGGAAAUUCCUAAAUGAAUGCCCAGAAGGUCCCCCCUCAGAACCCCAGCAGAAGAAAACAUACCUGGUUGAUAUUUUAACAUUGUUCAAUGACAAGAUCAACAACUUGAGUGCUGGGGAGGUAGUGAAUGAGGAAAACCUCUUUGUGAUCCUGCGCAGCCAUUUCCAGAAGUGGAGCGAUGAACUUAAAUGCAGUCAAGAGUCAUGUAAGUGUUGCUCACAAAAACAACAACAAUUCAACUGCUCAACUGUACAAAAUAUUACAGUUGCUAAAACAAUGCAAGAUGUGGAAAAGGAGUAUGACCUGAAGCACAGGGGAAGAGAGCUCCCUGGUUUCAGCGACUAUAAAGUGUUUGAGACAGUCGUCCAAAGGUUGAUGAUGAAGCUAUUGAGCCCUGCACUAGAGACUUUGAAAGUUAUUAGAGAAACUGUCCAGGUGCAGUUCAUUGAUGUCUCAAAAACUUGCUUCUCGAACUAUCCCUUCCUUCACUGUGUUGCAAUGAACAAGAUUGAUAAAAUUCAGUCAAAACAAGAGACCAAAGUGGAGGAGAGGAUCCGGGAGCAGUUUCAGAUGGAGCAGCUUGUCUACACACAGGACACCAUCUACUUUAAAUCCCUGACAAAGAUGGAGGAUGCCACACCAGUGAACUGGGCUGACUAUGACAGCAGGAACAAAUACCCAGACAUGUUCCAAGCAUAUUAUGAGAUAGUGAUUCAGCGCCUGGCGGAUCAGAUCCCCAUGUUGAUCCGGUUCUUUCUGCUGAAGCAGUCGGCACGGUUUCUCUGCAGUGAGAUGCUGAGCCUCAUGGAGGGCGUGGAUUUGAAGAAGGCCCUGUGCGAGAGCUCAGACGGCAGCCGUCACCGCCAUGACCUGAAGAGCCGCAUCGAGCGCCUCAGCCUGGCUCAGGAGAAACUCAGCCGAUUCCUCUAGUCUAAUGUGACCAUUUGAGUAGUUUUUAGUAGUAAUUAAAACAAUAUGCCUGUAUAAUCAAAUCAAAUACUCUACUCUCAACAUUUGGUGAUGUAAAAAAGAUGGCAUGCUAUUGGUGGUAUUGAUGGUAUACUAAGGCCAACCAUUUGCAUUAAUUCUGCAUAUAUUUUCCCUGAAAUUAUUAUUGUCAUAUCAUAUACAGUACAAUGAACAUUAAGUGCUAAACUA